CCCGAGGGGCGGGACAGGAAGUGAGGUCACUCCUCCGCAAGGUGAAAGGUUAGCGGAAGUACCCUGUCUUCCUUUUUGCUGUAGGGCUGCUGGGUGCUGUCGAAAUGGGCAAGUUCAUGAAACCCGGGAAAGUGGUGCUGGUCCUGGCCGGACGCUACUCCGGACGUAAAGCCGUCAUCGUGAAGAACAUUGAUGAUGGCACUUCAGAUCGUCCCUACAGCCAUGCUUUGGUGGCAGGAAUUGAUCGCUAUCCCCGAAAAGUGACAGCUAACAUGGGCAAGAAGAAGAUUGCCAAGAGGUCAAAGAUCAAGUCCUUUGUGAAGGUUUAUAACUACAAUCACCUUAUGCCCACAAGGUACUCUGUGGAUAUCCCCUUGGACAAAACUGUGGUUAACAAGGAUGUCUUCAGAGACCCAGCUCUUAAACGCAAGGCCCGACGGGAGGCCAAGGUCAAGUUUGAGGAGAGAUAUAAGACCGGCAAGAACAAGUGGUUCUUCCAGAAGCUUCGGUUUUAGAUGCUUUUUGUUUCCAUCAUUAAAAAUAGGGGGAAAAUUUUU